AUGCGGCUGCUACUUUUUGCUGUAUUUCUUUGUGCCUGGGCUAAGAAACAUCACCAUCAUAGUAGUGAAGAGGAAGAGGAGAGCACAUCCUCCCCAGGAGAAAAGAUUGUGGAUCGCUUGGCAGUGAACUUGGCGGGAGCAUUCGUGAAGUCCAUGUUCCCUGAAAUGGAUCGAGUCGAGAAGAAGAGCCCCGACAUUCGCCGUGCACCAAUUUCUCCUCUACAAGCAACUUUAGAUAAUUACUCACCUCAACAAGUUGCAUCGGAUUACAAUGCCAUACCGCAAAUGUCCCAGCAGAGCCCAUCGAAUCCAGCUGUUUAUCAACCACAAGUACCAUCAUUACCUUCUAUAUACAGUUCUCAAGGGCAGCAAAUGUCCAUGCCAUCGCAGAGCUUUGCCGGAUCAAUGCCUCAAAGUGGUUUGGGCUUACCUAACUUACCUCUUCUUAUGGCUGGUGAAAGUGGCUCACCUGAGUCCAUCAAUGCCAUUCGUAACCAGCAAUAUUUAGCGCAACUCUCUCGCCAUCAAUCUGAAAUUACGAACUAUAAUGCGAAACAAAUGGAAUACCUCGAUCAACAGCGGAGAUACCAACAGGCUAUGAUCGAUCAUCAGGCUGGAGCUGCACUUCUCAUGCAAAAACAGCAACAAGAGGUCAUAAAUGAGCAGUUGAAGCAGCUCAAAAACAGUCACGGUUAUACGGAAGAUCUAGGAACCGACAAUGAUAACACCGUUGGAGGACGAGUGCUCACAGCAAAAGCCCGAGGAGUGAAGACGCACGGACCACCAGCCCCUAAGCGCAGUUUCUCUGACGACGAUGUCAUCACCAACAAUCAACAUUUGAAAGAGUACUUCAAGGAAAAAUAUGGGAUCGAUCUGAGCACAGAAGGAGCUGAGUUGACUGAAGAAGAACGUGAAACGUUGAGAGCGCUGAAAAAUGUCCUUGCGAAGGAUAAGGAAGCGGUAAUUGACAAAGGCGUCUUCAAAACGAUGAACGAGAUGAAGAGGAAGAUAAAACACAGAGAGCCGAAAGAAUCUUCAAGAGGUUUUUCCCGAUCGAGGGAAGCUACCAAAGCAUGUCCACAGUGUAUUCCACACAGGAUCAAGAUGAUGGAAGGUGCAUGGACUCAGAUGUACGGCAAUCCUCAUGUAGUCCGCAAAACAUUUGGAACGAUUGCAAGCCUGGAAAAGGCUAUGUCUGCCAAUGGAAAAACUACCAUGAGCUCUGUGCCCACUGCCUGCGUUGGACUCGAAGUUGGUCGCUAUUCGAAGGGAACUGCUCAGCUCAAUAUGUUCUAUAGAGACGAUGCAGAUGGAAAUGAGCUGCACGAGAUGCAUGGAAGUGUGUCCUCCGACGACGAAAGAAUCAUCAUUGAUACUGAUAAAUUUCACACUGACAUGUGUCUGGUGAAAGCUGGACCAGCUGAUGUAAGCCGAUACGAGUAUCUCGUCUUCGCUGAAGUAUCCGGUAAAAAUGCUUGCAGGUCCUAUCACGUCUUCGCUCGUAACACUGAUGAGUUCAAUCGGCGCUACUUCGAUGAUGUGUCCGAUUUUAUGAAAAGGGAAGUUCAAGGGAAUUCUGUGCUGCCCGUUGGCGCAUUUUCGAAAGCCUCAUUCUAUCUAAUUCUCACAACCUCAGACGAUAGCCUCCAUUUGCAUGUUCGUACUGUAAAGAUGACGAGAAAAUGA